UACAUAAAUCGCGUAGUGUUUGGAGUAGAGGUUUAAUUGUUAUUGUCAUAAGCCAGACCCUUUUUCCCAGAUGUGAGGUAUGUAACAAAUGUAACCCUUCUCUCAUUAGCUCUAUGCCUCCUGGUGGUUCAACUGGACUUUCUCUAUACUUAAAGGAAAUGACUAUAUAUGUCAUUAUCAGUAUGGGAAUCCUCUUCCUGAUGGACAGCGCAUGCGCAAUGACAACCCAGUAUAGUGUUAUGCUCGAUGCUGGAAGUUCAAGCACAAAACUCAGAGUAUACUCGUGGCCUGAACGAACAUCCACCUCAUCAAAAUUUUACAUAACAGAAAAAUAUUACAAAAAAGUCAAACCAUCGUUGAGUUCAUUUCAGGAUAAUUUAGAUUCACUCCCAGAAUAUAUAAAGAAUUUGAUUUCGAUUGCUGAGUCGCAAGUGCCUUCACAUCGUCAUAACAGGAGUAACAUUUAUCUCUUUGCAACUGCAGGGUUACGGUUUGUAGAAGAAGAAAAAGCUAUGAACUUAAUGAACAGUGUUCGACAUGUGCUGUCCGACAAAAGAAACCAUAAAUUCAUAUAUAGCGAAAGAAGCGUUCGAAUUCUCUCUGGCGAAGAGGAGGGAGUAUUCGCUUGGAUUACUGCUAAUUACCAUAAUGGAUUCCUAUCUUCUAAUCAAUCACAAUCGAAAGCAGUGGGUGUCCUCGAAAUGGGAGGCGGAUCCACACAAAUCACUUUUUUACCAGACGGACCUCUCUUAGCUCACAUGUUUCCUGUUCGAAUAUCUGGACGUAUAUUCAAUCUCUAUUCUCACAGUUAUUUAAAUUUUGGAACAAAUUAUAUGGAGAAAAGAAUAAAAGAGCAUCUAAUCGAACAAAAUCCACACAGUAUGGAUAUCCUAAAUCCGUGUGCAUUGAUAAAAACUGCAUAUUUAUAUUGCAGUGAGACUAUAGAUUAUGCAGUAUCCUUUUACAAAGUACGGGCAGAGUUUGCUUCUAGUACCUGCAUGAUGGGACUGUACAUAACAGAGCUUCUUACCUUUGCUUACGGGUUUCCGGUGAAUACAGACAGAAUAUACUCUGCUCAGAAAAUCAAUGGAAAAUCUCUAGAUUGGCCUUUCGGUGCAACACUUUACGAGGCUGAGCUGAUGGCCCGGGAUUAUCCCUGUCCCCCAAUCUCCUCCAUGAUCAGUGCAGGAAAUAAUCUACAAGGCUACAGACUAACUCUACUGGAAUUCUUCCUCUUCUUUUGUAUUGUCUUUCCACUUGGAUAUCUGAUAAUAUAGGGAUUCUUGGAUAUUU